UUUUUUUAUAAAUAUUUAUUUAUUUAUACAGUAUUUGCUGUUAAACUUCUACGUGUAAAAGAUUAAUAAGAUCAACAUGACAACGACCAAAAAAAUGAAAUCAAAACUUGAAAAGUAUUUGCUAAAUUCAAUGUUUGAAAACGCUUUAUUUUCAGAUUUAUCUCUAGUCUUUAUUCAUCCAUCCUAUCCUUUUUCCAUGCGAUUCAAUGUUCAUAAAUCAAUUGUGAGUCAAUCGCCAUUUUUACGUAAAUUAUUAAAGAAUAUGGAUAUUAUAUCGAAUUCACAAGAGGAUGAGGCAGAUCCUUCAACUAAUACUACACAAACAUUGAAUAAAGAUAAUGGGGUGACAUGUCUCACAAUUGAUCUCGCAAAAGCAUUUGCCCAUUGUGGGUUCAUCUUGGCUCCCUUUCAACACAUCGUUCGUCGUAAAUGGCAAAAGACAACAAAUAAUAAUUCUAUCCAGCAAAAGAAAAAUGAACAGUUUUCGUAUUCAACGUUAUUAGCGUCCCAUAUUCGAUUUGUACUAAAAUGGAUGUAUUGUUUAGAUAAGCAAGAGCUCAUACAAGGCAUGCAAGAUAAAGAUACAUUAAGAAUUCUUUCAGUUGCUGUCCUUUUGGAUGUUCAUGAUUUAGCUCAGGCAUGUGUAAAUCGAUAUACAUCAAAGCAAUUGACAUUAGAUAGUAUUAUGCGUGAUCUAGAAACAAUCUGUCAACUUCCAAGAGGACAUGAUGCCUAUUUACAAUUAAGAGAUGCUGCAUUAUUGUUAUUGUUUCGCUUUGGCCCUGAAUAUGCAUCUCAAUUAGCUAUGUUACCUGUUGAUUAUAUGGCUGAUGUUUUAUGCGCAGAUCUUUUAUUUGUAUCUUGCGAAUUUGAACGUUACUGUCUUUUAAGAGCAGUAUUGAUUGCAUUUAUGCAAUCUGUAGGAAAGAUCACUUGGACGGCUCAUGGCCCUGUAGAUCAAGACUCUAAGCGACUUUCGGGCUUUGUUCGACCUUUAGGAAUAAAUAAUAAUAAACUAUACGACAGCAAUAAAGCCUUAACAGCAGACGUAGUAAGAUCAAGAAAACGUAAACGUAUCCCAUCAGAAGACCUCGAAAAUCUGCCUACAACUACUACAAAGGAUAAUUUACAAAAAUUGAAUCGUUUAAAUCGACUUAGCUUCUCAGCUCUUGUUCCAUUCGAGAAAUUAAUGGCAGAUGCUUCCUCGGGUGGUGUGAUUGAUAAAGCGACUGUGUUGUCUUACUUACUUCGUACCACAGUACAUUAUAGUAAUAUGACAUUUGAACAACUUACCUCUGUUCGACAAGAUGGAAUUGUUGAUGAGGGCAUUGUUUUUCGAGCACUAUGGCAACGUGAGGCACUAGAGCGUGUUCUAUUCCCCUCCACUUAUCAUGUACAAACACAAGAGCAAGAAAAUGAAGAGCAAAGACGAUUAACUCUUUCUGAAAAUGAUGAACGAAGUGCUGCUUUAAAUGAGUAUUUUGACGUUGAUAAUUCAGAUGCACACGAGAAAAGAAGACGAUUAUUACUUGGUACACCUCGUUUUCGAUUUCGAUCUUCAGUAUUCAUUCCCCCAUUCUCGGAAGAAAAUAGCUGGGAUUGUGAGCUUAAGGAAGCUACAACGAUCACAACGGAUAUGGAUAUGGGUGUAUUUGAUGAUGACGAAAGUGAUGGAUCUGUUUGGUCUCUAUCAGACAAUGAAAAUGAUGAGAAUAGAGAUACAGAGAGUGAUCAUGGUCGUUCAGAGGCAGAUACCUCAAAUAAACAGACAGAGAUAACAACAUCAAACUAUAAAUUGUACAAAAAAAUAUUUUAUUCCCAAGUAGAAAAAAUCCUUGGCGUCUCUUAUCGAGUACAAAUUGAAGCCCAAGUGAUGCCUCGACAUCGACUUUAUAUCAAAGAAAAUCAAGAAGAUAAUAAUGAAGAAGAAUUAUUUUAUGAAGAUCACGAUCCGAACGAAAAUGUACUUGUAUGUAGAUUUGAAUUACAACGUGAUAUGAGACAAAUUGCUUUACCACCUAUUGAAAUUAAAAAGGAGAACAACAAUAAACAUUUCAAGACAAAUGAUGAAAUAAUUCCUGUAAAACCACCAUCACAAAAGAGAACAACACAAACAAAGAAUCCUGAGACAAACCCACAAAAGACUAAAAUUCAUUAUUGGAUUCAUUGUCUUAAUAGACAUGAAGGAAUUUUGGAAAAUGAUCGUAUUGAUCCAGAGGAUAGAGCUUUAAUCGCUGUCACAGAGCAGUGUGAAAGGGAAGAUGGUGAGCCCGGAGAAAUGGAGCCUGGCUAUGUGGGACAAGUAUUAAUUAAUGCUGAUAUGAAAAAAGGUGUCACCAUCGACACUACCGUCACAUUAGAAAUUUUCGGUUUCAACAAAGUUUAGAAGACAGUUUUGAUUGUGGGGUUAUUAAACU